CAGCGCUUCGCCGCCGGUGGCGAGGGAGACGCCGCAGCGGACGCGAAGACCCGUGUCGACCUGUAAAACGUGUCUUUUCACUGUCGGGGGCCCCGCGAGACCUCCGAUUGUGCGCGUUUGAAACGAUGGCAACCUUUGUCUUUCCUAGGUGGCUAUGGCUACGGGGCAGGUGCUGUUCCAGCGGUUCUUCUACACCAAGUCCUUCGUGAAGCAUUCCAUGGAGCACGUGUCAAUGGCCUGCGUCCACUUGGCCUCCAAAAUAGAAGAGGCUCCGAGGCGGAUCCGGGAUGUCAUGAACGUGUUUCAUCGCCUACGACAGCUGAGAGAGAAAAAGAAACCUGUGCCUCUGGUAUUGGACCAAGAGUAUGUUAAUUUAAAGAACCAGAUUAUAAAGGCGGAAAGACGAGUUCUCAAAGAGCUGGGCUUCUGUGUGCACGUGAAGCACCCUCAUAAGAUAAUCGUUAUGUACCUUCAGGUGUUAGAGUGUGAGCGUAACCAACACCUGGUCCAGACCUCAUGGAAUUACAUGAAUGACAGCCUUCGCACAGAUGUGUUUGUGAGGUUCCAACCCGAGAGCAUCGCCUGUGCCUGCAUUUAUCUUGCUGCCCGGACACUAGAGAUUCCUUUGCCCAAUCGCCCCCAUUGGUUUCUUUUGUUUGGAGCAACUGAAGAAGAAAUUCAAGAAAUCUGCUUAAAAAUCCUGCAGCUUUACACUCGGAAAAAGGUUGAUCUGACACACCUGGAAAGUGAGGUGGAAAAGAGAAAGCACGCCAUGGAUGAGGCAAAGGCACAAGCCAGGGGCCUGCUGCCAGGUGGCACCCCUGCCCUGGACAGCACCUCGGGGUUCUCGCCUGCCCCGAAGCCCGUGGAGUCUCCCAAAGAAGGUAAAGGGAACAAGGCUUCCCCGCUCUCUGUGAAGAGCACCAAGAGGAAAACGGAGGGCAUGAAGAAAGCCAAGGCUGACAGUCCGGUGAAUGGUUUGCCGAAGGGGCGAGGCAGUCAGAGCCGGAGCGGGAGCCGGAGCCGUGAGCAGAGCUACUCGAGGUCCCCAUCGAGAUCCGCUUCUCCUAAGAGGAGGAAAAGUGACAGUGGCUCGACGUCUGGAGGGUCCAAGUCCCAGAGCCGCUCACGGAGCCGCAGUGACUCACCACCGAGACAAGCACACCGAGGCGCCCCCUACAAAGGCUCCAAGGUGCGGAGCUAUCGGAAGUCCAAGGACUGCAAGUACCCCACCCAGAAACCACAUAAGUCUCGGAGCCGGAGCUCUUCCCGCUCUCGGAGCCGCUCACGAGAGCGGGCAGAUAGUUCUGGAAAGUACAAGAAAAAAAGUCAUUACUAUAGAGAUCAGCGACGGGAGCGUUCGAGGUCUUAUGAACGAACGGGCCACCGCUAUGAGCGGGACCACCCUGGACACAGCAGGCAUCGGAGGUGAGGCUCGAGGUCCUGGAGGGCUGCCCUUCAACCCUUGGCGUUCACACCUUGGCAUGACUGACCUGUGGCUCGACUCUUUCUGUAAAUGGUUGACUCUGGACCUUGUGAUGAAUUUGGAGAUGGAAUCAAGAGGCUGGCGAGGUGCCCUUCAGGUUGGCCUGGGCGAGGUGCAUACCAGUCCCAGCGCAGGGCCCAUCUCGGCCACAGCCCUGCGGCAGCGAGCUGCAGAAGUAGAUAAUGCACAUCCCGGUGGUGUGGAUCGGUGCUAAUGACAGGCUGUCUUCACUCCCAUACCGAUACUCAAUUACGUUAAACCAAGAAAAUGACUUUGAGAACCUUUGCCUAUAUUAGGUUGUACUUCUGUACAUAUUUGCCGUGUUUCACAAUGAGAAAAUGGCCUUAAUAGCCCCUUAUUCUCUAUCCACGUUGUAAAUAAACAUGUGUUUAAUGCAAGUGAAAGCUAUACAUGAGAACUCAGAACUUGAAUUCUGUCAGCUUAAAACUUGUGUAGAGAAUUUGAUUUUUUAAAUGUGAAGGUAUUUAGAUCUGUGUUGAAAGUUGUAUAUUUUUAUCUGCAAUGCUGAGUGCAGGCCACCAGCUCCUAAAUAGAGGUUUCCUAUAUAUGCAUUUUAUGUGGUUAAAUAAACACAAUUCUCUCUACUCAGGAUAUUUGGAACAUUAAAGACUUUGUAGUUUGUCCUGCUUGCUUGUUACUGCACACAGCCUGCAGCACCCGUUCUAGUGGUGUGUCUGCGCUGCCGUCUCUGAUCUCAUUAAAGUUGUGUUUUGUAUCAGG